GAAGAGGUGGGGCGAGCGGCCAAGCGCUUCCGCAGUGGGCUUUCCGGAGACUGACGGUGCGUGCGAGGACGCCUAGGGCGCUCCUCCAGGCUUCAGGCUCUGUGCGGCUGGUCUGUGCGGGGUCACGCGUCGCUGCGCCAUGGUCCACCUUACAACCUUUCUCUGCAAAGCGUACCGUGGGGGCCACCUAACCAUCCGCCUCGCCUUGGGUGGCUGCACCAACCGGCCCUUUUACCGCAUCGUGGCUGCUCACAACAAGUGUCCCAGGGAUGGCCGCUUCGUGGAGCAGCUGGGCUCCUUCGAUCCGCUGCCCAACAGUAACGGAGAAAAACUGGUUGCCCUCAACCUGAACCGGAUCCGAUAUUGGAUUGGCUGUGGGGCUCACCUCUCUAAGCCUAUGGAGAAACUUCUGGGUCUUUCUGGCUUUUACCCCCUGCAUCCAAUGAUGAUCACAAAUGCUGAGAGACUUCGGAGGAAGAGAGCUCAAGAAGCCCUCUUAGCAUCGCAGAAAACAGAAUCGGAGCCUGGAGAAACAGAAGCAAGCUGAUGUCAGUGCACACAGUUAUGGCUGCAAGGCCAAGGGGCCUUCACAACUCUUGCGCAGAGCUUUCUGUUGGGUUUGAGGAUCAAUAAAUGGAGGUUUUCAA